AUGGGAAUCCCGCCCUCUAUUUUGGACAAGUCUACUCCGAAGACCAACCCUGCCUCAAAUACGCCAUCUCAGCUGGCGCAAUAUGGGCCACUCAUGAAGAUUCUGGCCCGAGAUCCGCUAUGGGAAAUCAGCCUCGAAGAUGCUACCAACCACAUCCGAGAGUGGUUUUCGGGCACCGGCUUUCUCUACGCCGUCGUCAGCGAAGAGCAGCUGCUCAAGGUUGCUAGUAACGUGUUUGACACUCUACGGGCCGUCAACGUUCACGAGACGCGGGGUCGAGGAACUCUGGCAGAGUGUCUUUUCCACAGUGAUACUAACAAACUAAAACUUAUCCUGGCCACUUGCUUGACUUUGGAGAGUGGCAAUUGCAAUGACUUAGCUCAGAGGCUCUUUCAGAGCGCCACCGAAGCUGGCGAGGGGCUUCUAUGGGGUAAAAACUCGAUUAGCAACAUACAGAUGCUGGUGUUGAUGGCCCUUUACUACUAUCACCUUGAUGAAGAAGUACGGACCGGUCGCAUCAUUGGAUUUGCAGCUCGGCUCUGCCUCGAAAUGGGCUUACAUCGCAGGGCUUCUGUAGAUCGCUUUGCCAACUCGGAAGAGCAAGCAGCGGGGCUACAGACGUUCUGGUGUGUGUACAUGUUAGAGAGAAGAACAAGCCUGGGCCAGGGGAUACCGUUCUAUAUACAGGACUGCCAUGUCGACCCCACACUACUCGCAAUGAACGGACAUGAUCCGGUGAUGACCGCGCUUCUCGACUGGACCAAACUAGCGGGCAAGACGUGGUACGCCCUCAAUAGCCAAGUCGAGAAAGAGAGUGAGCUUAAUAUCGACAAAAUCGACUAUCUCGAUUACCGGAUAGAGCAGUGGUAUCAACUCCUGGCUGACGACCUGAAGCUUGAACCCAUCCAGCCGGGGCAAGAGGUUCGACAUGUUCAGGCUGUGCUAUUUCUCCGCAAGAGCCAUUUGCACAACUUGAUCUGUCGCCCGGUGCUCCAAUCUGGUACGCGGAUCACGCAGUAUCAGAGACAUGCUCACAAGGCCGUCGCCGUUGCCAAAGAGUCGCUACAGAUGCUCUCAGGCCUCAACGAAAAUACCGCCAUCAUAAAGCGUAAUCCGCUUUUUUUCAAGCACCUCUUACUAACUGCUUUUGGCAACCUGUUGCUGGCUGUUGUGAAUGCCAGCUCCAUGUUCUGUGACAAAGUCACUGUCGAGUUUGACAUUGCGCUGGAUAUGAUCAGAGCCCUAAGCAAUAGGUCGACGUUGUUGCUGACUCUUUGGGAGCGUCUUCAAGGCCUACGGAAACUCACGACACGGCUGUCUGCCUCUUCGGCCACGGCAUCGACUAGCAGCGGGCAAGGUGAACAGAGAGAUAGUGUCGAAAGCCCUUCUGAUGCUCUAUUGUUUGGCAAUAUGGGAGAUAUGAUGGUUUUUGACCAGCUGAACGGUUUCUUUGAUCUUACGCCCAUGUCCACGAAUUUGCCCUUCAAAGUUACCUCAGAUAUAACCAUCAACGCCGACGUCGUGUACCCCGAGAAGUCAGAUGGCUCUCCCGCUGUUGUGCUGCUGCAUUAUCACGGUGGCUUUCUUAUCGUCGGAGAUCGGUAUUCGUUCUUGCCUCACUGGCUUGUGCAUGCCUCCGCCUCCCGUGGAUGGGUCUUUGUGACUCCCGAGUACCGCUUGAUGCCCGAGUCGACCGCACACGACUCCGUUGAAGAUGCAGCGGACGCCUAUAAAUGGGCCCUGUCGUCACUGCCGGAGAUCAUAGGCCGUCCGGUCGGUUCAAUUUUAGUCGGUGGGUCAAGCGCUGGUGGGUAUCUAGCUCUUAACACAGCCGUCUCGGCUGCUCAAAAGCCUAGUGCACUUCUGCUCAUCUACGGGAUGCUCGAUCCUUCUGGAAGUCGAUACACAACUCCCGGGAAAAAUAUCUUCGGCCGGCCGCCAGUCGAGACCGGGCCGAUCCUGGAAAAGUGGCCCAUGGCCAAGGCUUCGGGCGAAGAGAGGAAGCCUGUCUCAGCUUAUCCGAUAUCAGGCGACCCGUCCGCUGACCCCAGAUUUGCUCUUACGUCGGCACUGCACAUCGACGCCCUCUUCCCCGACUACAUGACUGGCGUCUCUGGUCUUACUCGUCAGAUUGCCACUCAAGGAGCUGCAGCAGUACCCAAAGAACACCAACAUCUAUUCCCACUUGACUUUGGGGAUUUCAGUGGCUUCCCGCCUGUCAUGCUACUCCAUGGUGCGAACGACUCAGCUGUACCGGUUGAGUGUAGCACCAGAGCCGCAGAGAAGCUCAAGGCAUCUGGAGUGCGUGUGUUGGCAGAGUUUCCAUCUGAUGCGGAGCACGGUUUCGAUGGAAGGUCCGGUAACGUCAACGUCGAGACUUCAGCUGGGGAUUCGGUGACUGCUGUGGAGUCUCUCAGGAAGGCGAUUGGUUUCCUCGAGCAGCAUGCAGCCAAAUAG